AAAUAGAUACAAGAAAAAGCAUAUUCACAAACAGGAAGAAAUCUGUUUAAAAUAAGAAUGGUUAAUUGGUUUGUCUAUUUGUCACUUCUCUCUCUUGUCUUUCUUGGAAAUAUUCCUGUUUCACAUUCGAAGAUUAUAUCAUCAUGGUUCAGUCAACAACCUGGUUCUGUUGAUGACUAUGACGAUGAAUACAGCACUGAUUAUAUAGAGCCAGCUGAGGCUGAAAUCAGAUUUAGUUUCUUUGACUCUGAUUGGAUUUAUGAAUUCUUCACUCAUGACGUAAAUCCCUGCCAGACAAACCCAUGCCAGAAUAAUGGAAUCUGUAAAAGAAAGAGAGACAGCUAUAUGUGUUCCUGCCCUGAACCAUACACAGGAUCAAAGUGUGACCGUGUGAAAAAUACAUGCCAAAGAAUCAACUGCAAUCAAGGAGAAUGUCUGGUUAGGUUAAGAGCACCUUAUUAUCAAUGCAGUUGUAGAUAUCCAUAUAAACCACCAUUAUGUAGAAAAGCAUCCUCAGCUUGUCAACCAAAUCCUUGUAAAAAUGGAGGCACCUGUCAGAGGCAUCGUUUAAGGUAUAAUUUCAGCUGCAACUGCCCUGAAGGUUUCAGAGGAAAAUUUUGUGAACUAGAUGCUGAAGACUGCUUUGAAGAAAAUGGCCACACAUACAGAGGAAAUGUUAGCCAAACAAUCCUCCAGAAAAGAUGCCUUCACUGGAAUUCUCAUUUUCUUUUGGACAGUAGUUAUAACGCAUUUAUGGAAGAUGCUGACUAUUAUGGCCUUGGCGAUCAUAACUUCUGCAGGAAUCCAGAUGGUGAUGACAAACCCUGGUGCUUUGUCAAUGUGAAAAACAAAUUGAAGUGGGAUUUCUGUGAUGUUCUCCCAUGCUUGUCAACAGCAAAGUUCUAUAGGAAUAUAACAACAUCCUUCAAGAAUCCUAUAAGUAAUACAUACAGAACAUGUGGGAAACCAGAAAAAAUAAGACCAUUCAAGAGAAUAUAUGGAGGUGUCAAGUCAGUUUCUGGCAAACAUCCAUGGCAAGCAUCUCUUCAGAGGAAGAUUUCAGCAGGUGUACCAAAGGGACAUUAUUGUGGAGGAGUAUUGAUUGAGCCAUGCUGGGUUCUUACUGCAGCACAUUGUAUCACGACAGAAGCACACAACCUCCGGGUGUCCCUUGGAGAACAGAAUCUCAAUAGGAAAGAGCAUCAUGAACAGAAGUUUGAUGUAGACAAGAUCAUUAAACAUGGACACUAUACAGAGCAGGAUGGCAUCCCAUAUAAUGAUAUUGCUUUGUUGAAAUUAAAGCCAAUUGAUGGGCACUGUGCUGUGGAAACAAGUUAUGUUAAAUCUGUGUGCUUGCCUGAUUUUACGUUCCCUGAUAACACAGAAUGUUACAUAUCAGGCUGGGGAGAAACAGAAAUAAGUGAAUCAUCUCAUCAGCUAUUAGAUGCCAAAGUAAAACUGAUUUCCCAAAGGCAGUGUAAUGCACCAAAUGCAUAUAAUAGCAGAGUGAUGGAAAGCAUGUUUUGUGCUGGAAGUCUUCAGAGAACAAGAGCAGAUACUUGUCAGGGCGAUUCAGGAGGUCCCCUAACAUGUGUUACCAAUGACACUUACUAUAUUUAUGGAAUUGUGAGCUGGGGAGAUCAGUGCGGAUUAAAAAAUAAACCAGGAGUUUAUACUCGGGUGACAAGAUUUCUCAACUGGAUUAGAACAAAAAUUACACGCGAGUCUAAUUUUCAAAACUAAGAAUGGUAGUCAUGAAGACAGGUAGUUGAAGUAAUUCAUCCUUUCAAAAAUGUCAUCCUUUUCUCUCUUCUAUUUCAGUACUGAAGUAUUUUUAGCCAAAUUUCUACCCAGAAAUGAAAACUCUUAAUACCUUAAUAGCAUCUUGGCUAGAAUUUUCUUGCUUAUAUGAUGGCCAAGUAAAUAUGCAACCCUUUGCUUAAAGUAAUGUACAAAACUUAUCUUUUAUAUUGUUGUAUUUUUAAUCAUUUGAGGUUUUAAGGCUAUAAAACAGUGUCAUAAUCCUCAUAAUAAAAACUAGUUGCAUUGAGAAUUGUUUGCCCAGAACACCUCAGUCUUUUAACAGGGAAGUUAGAAUUUACAUUCAGAAACCAGGAGAUAUGCAGUGCAAAUAAACCUCAAAACUUGUAUUAAUUCACACAUUUGACUCAGAAGAACCUAUUUAUAUUUGCUUUCAAAUCCCCAGAAUUUCAUUUUCAUUCAUUUCUACAAACAUUGAUUGAAUGACAAUAAAUCUCCAAUAUCAGUAAUCACAGAUGAUCAAGCCAGCUGAUCAAAUGAUAUACUAUUUUAUAUAAUAAACAUCUUUCAGUAGAAGAUAUAGAAUCUAAAUUGACUUCUGCACAGAUGGGAGAUUAAACUUUUUCCUCUAGCCUCUGCAUGUCUAAU